AUGCUAGGUACACUAGUAGCAAGGCAUCAAAGUUUGCUUAAGAGUACAGAGAAAUGUCUCUACUCAACCAGCUAUCUUCUUGGGGCAUUAGAAAAUUCCAAAAAAACAGUCCAUCAAUUAAGUACGAGAGAGACUACCAAAUCACCAUCGCCAUGGACAUUCAAUGAGUUAACGAAUGUCAUCACAACUCCAACUAGGCUUAAUGAACAAUUUCUUCACGAGCACUAUUUAGCUCCUACCCAAGCACAAGUCAAUUAUACUCAAAGUUUCUUCAAUAGAUCUAAAUUUCGUUUACUUUGGACUGUUGGCAAUUACGAUGAAAUACCGGAUAUCAAAUAUGAAAGGUUAAAAGAAGCCAAAGGUUUAAUACAUAAUGAUCACCCUAAAAGUUCCUUUGGUGUGGAUCCAAAGUUGUUGAAGCCUUUACCUGAAGUCAUUCUCCUUGGUCAUACUAAUGUCGGCAAGUCGUCAUUAGUAAAUAAUUUGCUUUUAAAUAAAGAAGAGAAUAAAAGCCCUGGUGCCUUCACAGAACACUCAUUUGUAUCAAGGAGAGCCGGGUACACAAAAACACUCAAUUGCUUCGAUAUAGGGAAUCAAUUGAGGUUAAUAGAUAGUCCCGGGUAUGGGGAAUAUGGAGAAGAGACGCAAGGAGAAUUUGUCACCGAAUAUAUUUCUCAAAGAAAGCAAUUAAGAAGAGCUUAUGUGCUAAUAGAUGCUUCAGUUGGAUUUUUGGAAGAGGAUCUACAUAUUAUAAGAGAGUUGACAAGAUUGGGAAUUGCUUUUGACAUCAUUUUUACUAAAGUUGAUGUCACUAUUUCAAAGUUUAUGCCAAAGAAAGAUUUUUUCAAAUCAUACAAAGGACUAGGGGCUACAGAAAAAGCUAAAGCAAAGAAAGUCGUUGAGAUGUCUAACGUCCACAUUUUCAAUUAUUUUCAAACCAUGAUAGAUGCUCAUGCCAUCGAUCUCAUUUCUUUGCCCAGAUUCAUGUUUAAUAAUGCGCAACGUAGUGUUUUUUUAAAAUAUCGAUAUGGCUAUAAGCAAAUCAGAUUCUCAAUCCUCCAAAGUUGUGGCCUAGUAUGA